GACCUGAAAGGUCAACAGAACCUGCUCGGACAACCGAGCUCGAAGAGAGAACCAGAGUUCUCGAAAUGGCAAUGGGUAAAAUCCUUGCCCGCCUAAUCCCUGAUGACCCCCUGAUUCCUUUGCUGAACAGGGAUGCGCAACCAGCUGCGGUUGUUGCAACUAGAAACUCCCCCGCUCUAAGCAAUAUAGUGGUGCCGACCAGGCCUAGGGGAAGUGGGAAGUUGAAUAUUGAGCCCAGUUCGUCCAAACAUAGUGAGGAAUUGAUGAGAAAGAACGCCGACCUCGAAAGGCAGCUGCGGGAUGUACAGAAAUCCAUUGACGAGCUGAAAAGCCCCAGGUCGCACCAACUGACCUUGGAUCUGGAUAGUGCUCCGCUGAACCUAUCCAUCACCGCAGAACCAUAUCAAGAGGGAUUCAAAAUCCCCCACCUAGAAACAUAUGAUGGCACGAAAGACCCGGAUGAACAUCUACAUACCUAUCAAGCCAUCAUGAGGAUUCAAAACGCCAAUGAUGCCAUGAUGUGCAAAGUGUUCCCGGCAACACUGAAAUCAACGGCCAGAAGACGGUAUCACAAACUUCCCAGGCAUUCAAUAGAUUCGUUUUCCCAGCUCGCCAAGUUGUUUUCUAACAAAUUUGCGAGCCAAAGGGAGAUCAAGCGCACAGCAACUGAGCUGAUGCAGGUUAACCAGAAGGAAGGGGAGUCUUUGAGGGAUUACAUGCAGCGGUUCAACAAAGCCACAUUGGACACUGACAAUAUCCCAGACACAAUCUGCCUCUCCGCCCUGUUGCAUGGGUUGAAACGUGGCCGGUUCCUAGACGACCUGCUCGAAAACCCACCGAAGACGUGGAACGAGGUGAAUGACAGGUCGGCCAGCUUCAUACUGUCAGAGGACUUUCAGUCGUCCAAGCGACAAGCUGAUGAUAAGCCGAGCAGAGGACAGGAACAACAACCAAGAAGAGAAGAGAAGAAGAAGCAGAAGGUCGGUGAGCCAUGGGGGAAACCAGCUGAGUUCCCGAAAUAUGCCAGUUACAUUCCUUUGACCUUACCCAGGUCUCAAAUCCUGGCACAAAUUCAGCACUGGGUUCGGAGACCUCCACCCCCACUACAUGAUUCCCCGAGGGCAGAUAAGAGCAAGCAUUGUGACUACCAUCGUGUAUAUGGUCACAAUACCGAGGAUUGCCAACAUUUGAAGGACGAGCUAGAAUUUUUGGCUCGUAACGGGAAACUAGAGGGAUAUGUUCAGAAGCCUCACACCCAGCAACCCGCUCAAACCCAUUUUGUGCAGGUGUAUGACCGACCUCAAGGACAGAGGUACAAGCAUGGAGGGACGCAUGAUGCGUAUCUGGAUAACCAGUAUCCUUCUGAACAGAGCAGAGCGUACCGAGGACGCCCUUUCAACAGGAGAGGGCAGGGACCGAGGACUACUGCCCCUAAUCAAAAAGACAGAAAAGGGGUGAUGACCGUCAACAAAAACAGACCCUUGAAACGGCCGUUUGAGGAAGCAGAAUGGGAAAAUAUGCCCAUCACAUUUAGCCCGGCGGAUUACAAGCGAGCAGAAGGAGAGUAUGACAUUAUGAUGCCCCAUGCAGACCCCUUUGUGACAACAGUUCAUAUAGGCAAUCAUAAUGUCAAUAAGGUUCAGUUGCUGUUGGACGACCAGGAGAAAACAGCUUUUUACGCUGGCGAUGCAAUCUACUGCUAUGUCAUGAUGCCGUUUGGCCUCAAAAAUGCUGGAGCAACAUACCAGAAGCUGGUGCAAAUCAUCUUUAAGCUCCAGAUCGGCAGAAACAUAGAAGUAUAUGUGGAUGACAUGAUAGUCACUAGCGUGCGAGCUGAGGAUCACAUUGAUGACCUGGACGAAACAUUUCAAAACUUGCGUCGAGCUCAAAUGAAAUUGAAUCCCUUGAAAUGCACGUUUGCUGUGGAAUCAGGGAAAUUCCUAGGGUACGUGGUAUCCAAGAAAGGAAUUGAAGUAAACCCAGAGAAGGUUGAGGCCGUUCAACAGAUGGAACCGCUAAGGACUGUCAAAGACGUGCAGCGUUUGACAGGCCGUGUUGCUGCGCUGCACAGGUUUAUAGCCAGGUCGGCAGAAAGAUGCCUCCCGUUCUUCAAGGCCCUGCGAGAGCCCAAGAAUUUUCAAUGGACCGACACGUGUCAGCAGGCCUUUGACGAGCUUAAACGAUACUUGGCGUCAGCGCCCCUGCUAUCCAAGCCUGUGGAAGGGGAAAGCUUGUAUCUGUAUUUAGGGGUUACAGCAGGGGCAAUUAGCUCGGUCCUACUCAGGGAAAAGAAUAAGAACCAGAAGCCUAUCUGUUAUGUAAGCAAAGUCUUACAGGGCGCCGAGCAGAACUACCCACUAGCGGAAAAGGCUGCUUUUGCCCUGGUCUACACAGCUCGUAAGUUGAGAGCCUACUUCCAAUCACACCAGAUUAUUGUCUAUACCGAUUUGCCGUUGAGGAGGAUAUUGCAGAAACCGGAACUCUCUGGUCGGCUUAUCGGAUGGAGUGUAGAACUGAGUGAGUAUGACCUUAAAUUUCAGCCGCGCACAACUAUAAAAGGCCAAGCUGUGGCAGACUUCCUAGUUGAAUGUGCCCCAGCGGCUGUGAAAGAAAAGGCACCUGAACACCCAUUCUGGGUUUUGUAUGUAGAUGGAGCUGCUAAUGUCGAAGGAUCAAGUGCUGGAGCUGUGUUACUAGGCCCUGAAGGCUUCAAGUCUGAGCACGCCUUAAGGUUUAAGUUUCAGACGACCAAUAAUGCUGCAGAAUAUGAAGCCCUCAUAUAUGGAUUGAAACUGGCGGCUGAGCUGAAGGUACAAAGCAUUCAGGUCUUCAGCGACUCUCAGCUCGUUGUCCGCCAGGUGAACGGUAGUUGCGACAUCAGGGAUCCCCAGCUCGGUCGUUAUGCCUCUGUGGUCAACAGGUUGAAGUCCAAGUUCGCCUCAUUUCAGAUCGACAAAAUACUGCGAGCAAAUAACCAGCGAGCUGACGAGCUCUCAAAGUUGGCUUCGUCGCAGGACAUUAAUCCUCAAAGAUCAACAAUCGUCGAGGUGCUUGACGCACCGAGCUACACUGAUUUCACAGUCGAGUGCCAAUUGUUGAGUACAGACCCCUCCACACCGAGCUGGACCACCCCGCUUAUGAAUUAUCUUCAAAGUGGCGAGCUACCUGAAGACCAGUCCGCUGCAAAGGCUGAAUACGCCGUGAGAGAAGUUCACGAGGGAGUAUGUGGCAUGCACAUCGGUGGCAGAACUUUGGCUCGGAAACUACUGAGGCAUGGUUAUUACUGGCCCACUAUGGUCGAAGACGCACAGGACUAUGUCAAAAAGUGCCCGACCUGCCAGUUCAAUGCUGAUGAUAUCCACAUGCCAGGGGAAAUGCUAUCAUCUCUGACGUCUCCCUGGCCUUUUGCUCAAUGGGGCGUCGACCUGCUCGGCCCCUUCGUCAAAGGCAAAGGAGGCUGCACUUUCCUAGUCGUUGCGGUGGAUUACUUCACCAAGUGGAUAGAAGCUAAACCAUUAUCCACGACAACAGAAAGGAAGAUCGAAGAAUUCUUGUUCAAUUCCAUAUUGUGCAGGUUCGGCAUACCUAAGCGGAUUAUCGCCGAUAAUGGGCCACAGUUCCGAGCCGCAGCACUGAGAUCGUUUUGUAACAAUUACGGCAUUGAGCUCGCCUUGACAUCUGUGUACACUCCACAGUCCAAUGGGCAAGCCGAGUCCGCCAAUAAAAUCGUCUUGCGAGGCCUCAAGGCACGAGUGUUGGCUACACAUUCUAAUUGGGUUGACGAGCUCAACAAAGUGCUUUGGUCUUGUCGUACCACACCCAGCUCGGCCACAGGUGAAACCCCUUUCAGCCUGGCCUAUGGGGCUGAGGCCGUCAUCCCAGUGGAAGUGGGAUUGCCAUCCGAUAGAUCAGAUCGCCAUGACGAUCAGAGUAAUGAACAACUCUUAAGGGAGAACCUGGACUUUGUGGAAGAAAUCAGGGAGAUGUCACGAAUAAGAAACAUGGCACAUCAAAGUCGCGUUGCAAAAUUUUACAAUAAAAGGGUUCGAGCUCGCCAGUUUCAAGUUGGCGACCUGGUCCUACGUAAAGCUGGGUUAACUAACCUUCAUUCGCACAUGGGCAAGCUCGCCCCCAAUUGGGAAGGCCCCUAUAUGGUUGUUCAAGUUAAACGACCAGGCUCUUACGUGUUAGCAGAUAUACACGGGCGUCAGUUACCUUACCUUUGGAAUGUACAGAAUCUUAGAAAGUUUUACAGUUAACGUGUGUAAUGUUACUUCGCUCGAGGUGUUAUUUAACAGUUGUAAAUAGAGAUAUACAUAAAAUGCAAGGAAGAUU